UUCUAAAGAUUGAGUUAGGAGAAAAGAAAAUUCGGAAAAUAGGCGCAUUUCGCAAAUCAAAGAAAAAAAUAACACAAUUUGACCUCCAACCCAAUACCUUAUAGCGGUCGACCCAGUGGGUGCGUGCGGCCCAUUUUUCUCAUUGAGUCAUAGUCAAAUUGAGUCGACCCGCGAGUUGAAAACCUUGCGGUAGGUACAAGUCUGGUUCUAUUUUGACCAUAAACAGUAUAACGUCUUUGUGGUUUUUUUGGGUGUUGGUAAUAACAUUUUGAAAUGUCAGGUGUCAAACAGUUGAAAGGGUGGUGCGUGUGUACAGUGCAGGGGAGACUCUUGAUUUGAUAUGAUGAUUAUUCACAUCUCUGAUCUCUACUCUCCCACUUUGGCUUUGUCAAAGUGAAUUUUUUGUAACAUUUUAAAUUUUUGGGGUCACAAAUGGGGGAAUUGGAAAAGAUUUGACCGUGCCCAUCUGAGCUAUCUGGGUGGCUAUUUCCCAACAACCCAAUUUUAGCAGUGACAGGUGAGGAUUGAAAAAAGCAACGUCAGAUUCAUUCAUUCAAUCAAUCACUCACUUACUCUGUCCCCCUCCCCUCUCUCUUUUCCCCUUUCCCCUUUCCUUUCCUCUGUUAUUAAUUUGAAGAGAGGAAAACAGGGGAGAGGAAGAAAGAGUCGUUCGUGAUGUGCUGUUGGUUUCUGUUUGAACCCCAAUCUCUGGUCCAUUCCCCCACUCCUCACAUCUAAAUCCAUCGGCUGGAUAGUGGUGGAUACUAUCGUAUUAAUUAUGCCUGCUGGUUUCAAAGAUGGCGUUGUAUAUGUUAAUUAAUGGUCAGAUUUGGACGUCAAACUAGGAACCAAUCUAAACCCAGUCUGAUAAAAUACUACUUGUUGAUAGUUCAUGACCAAGUUCGUGAAUUUAUCCUUGUCCGAUCCACCGAGUUAUUGAUCCUCAUUGCAUAAUCCUUCACGACACCCUUUUUUCGUAUUAACACAAGAUAAUAAGAUCAUCGAUAAAAUCAAUGCGUCUUAAAUCUCUCUUCUCUCUCUCUUUUCUGAACCCUAAAUUCGAGUUCCUGCCGACGACGGCCGUCACUGACGGAGCGGCAGCCGUCGGUGACGGUCGAUCGUGGGUAUCACUAUUCGGAAUCCCGGAGGAUAACCGAUUGGAUUACUAUGAGCCGGAGUACGUUAACGGCUCGCUGAGGAUUCCGAGGGAGGUUGUGGAAGAAGGUGCUAAACGUUGGGAGAACAGUCUGGUGGGGCAAUUUAUUGAUCGCCCGGCGUCGCUUUCGUCUCUCAGAUAUUGGGCUAACUGGCUAUGGGGGGAAGAUGGGGAAGUCCGAGUUUCGGGAAUGGGGAGGAGGCUAGUUCUCUUUCAAUUUCCUAAUGCUGAGAUUUGUCAGUGGGUCCUCGAGAGCGGUCCUUGGCAUCAUAGGGAGAACUCAUUGUUCAUGCGCAAGUGGGAGCUAGGGAUUAGUCCUUUGAAGCUUGACAAUUCGUCGCUGCCAAUCUGGGUAAAACUUUCGCAUCUGCCAACGGAGCUUACUUCCAAAGAGGGUCUGGGACGAGUGGCAAGCUCUCUUGGUCGUCCGCUCUGUAUGGACAAAUCCACCACUCGAGGUAAGAAGGUUGGUUUUGCUCAAGUCUGUGUAGAGGUUAAGGCUAGUGCUAAGAAGGUUUCGAAGUUGAGUUUUACGCCGGAUGGUUUGCCUGAGAUUUUCAUCGAGGUUGAAUAUUGUCAUAUGCCGAAAGUGUGUGAGAAGUGCUGUAUGUUUGGCCACAGCUGCAGCAAGGCAGGUGAGAUGACAAAGCAAGAGUGGCAGAAGAAGAUCCCAGUUAUUGGGGAGGUUCAGGGUACUAUUCCAACAAGUGAAAAGGAAGAGCAGAGUGAAUCUAAAGAUGCAAAUACAACUGAUAAUAGUGAUGCUUCUGUAGCAGUGGUGAUUGAUAAGGGCAAGGCUGUGUUGACUGAGGAUCCAGUGUGUGCUAUCCAGUCUUCAGAAACUAAAACUCCUCCACCUCAAGGAGGUUUGGUUGAUGAAAAUGGGUUUACUCUGGUAGUCCAUAAGAAGAAUAAGGUGUGGAUUGGAUCAAGCUCAGGUCCUCAAGGGCAAAGGAAUCUAUCAGGUAAGCUGGCUGCUGGUCAAGUCAAUGGGAAGAGUGCACGAGUUGCUUUUCAGCCUCCUCCUCCAUCUCCUCCAAAGGGUAGAGGGAGAGGCAAAAAGCGCGGAAAAUGAAGAUUUUAAGCUGGAAUAUCAGGGGUUUCAAUGCCCCUAAAAAGCACUCAGCGGUAUUAGAGCAGCUGAGGGUGAAGAAUAUUGAUAUUAUAGGUUUAUUAGAGACUAGAGUAAAGGAGGAAAAUAAAAAUACUUUAGUAGC